AUGCGAGACAGAUGCAAGAUAGCUGCGUACACGCUGGAGCUGUGUUUAGCUGCGUACACGCUGGAGCUGUGUUUAGCUGCGUACACGCUGGAGCCAUGUUUAGCUGCGUACACGCUGGAGCCAUGUUUAGCUGCGUACACGCUGGAGCCAUGUUUAGCUGCGUACACGCUGGAGCCAUGUUUAGCUGCGUACACGCUGGAGCCAUGUUUAGCUGCGUACACGCUGGAGCCGUGUUUAGCUGCGUACACGCAGGAGCCGUGUUUAGCUGCGUACACGCCAACAGUGGAUGAGUCUCUCUCCUUCAGGCACUGUCUCCUCUGA